GGUCGUUGUUUGUUUUGGUUUUGUGCUGCUGUCAAUCGCUUGAGUGAACUGUGUUAUUUGGGUUUGACUUUUUAUGCUCCGGUAAUUCAUGAUAAAGGAACAUAAAGAACAGAUUAAGCAGUUGUUGCAUAUCACAGGAUUUCAGCGGUGGAUUUAAAGUGUUUUUCUUUAAUAGCAUUUUUGCGACGAGUGGUCCUACUCAUAAUAGCCUAACUUGGCGUUCUAAAAAGUAGGUAUGCAGACAGUGUAGUAGGCCUAGCCUAGGCAAGUUUAUUGUGUCAAAACGUGGAUCAAGGUCACAUCUCUGAUCUUGAAUAGUGGGUAGGCCAGUGGCUGGCCUGAGGAUUGCAUACAGUACAUGCUCACUAUGGUAUAGGGUUACACUCGCUUCGUGUUACUAACUCUAUAACCUUAGAGCCAGGAGGCUAGCCUAGGCCUGACCGAGUUUAUUGCUAAAACCAUUCAUGGCCCUCUUUAUUAAUAUUAUCACCAUAGCUUAUAACUUUUAAAAAUAGACCACUCUCAUCGACUUCUUCUACUAGGCCUAGGUAGUCAAAACUCGUCGCAGUAUUUUGGAUAAACUAAAUUAUUCAGGUCGGAAAAACAAAUCGAUCAAGAAGCUCAAAUUUUAAACUUUUGUUGAAGUUGUGAAGACUACAAUCAACUUUCUCGCUUUUACCUACAUCAUGCUUUGGAAACUUCAUAAAAGGACAAUGACUGCAAUUGUAAGACUUCAAAUUUUUUUCGCAAGUGUGCAUUUAUUAAGUAUAUCUGAAGCAGUGACAGAUACCGCAACAGGCUAUGAACGGGAGAGAGUUGUCUGUCCAGAACAAACACUUGUUUGGGGGCCGGGAUUAAAUGCGGAUUUUAAUGUUCCUGCACGAUUUUUUUUUAUUCAAGCUGUGGAUUUCAAUGGCCAAAAUUUCACAGAGUCGCCGGGGGUGAAUGCAUACACGGUCAAGAUUAGCCCCAAAGAUCGGAGAGGGCGUAUCUGGAUGCAGAUGUUGGAUAGACACGAUGGAUCAUUCAUUGUACGCUAUCGGAUGUUUGACAGCUACGACAAUAUGCAGAUCGAAAUUAAAAGUGGCAAUAGGCAGGUUGCAGGCUCUCCUUACGCUCUAGAAGGAUCUGUGUAUGAUGAAAAGUGUUUCUGUCCCAAUGAUGAUGUGGAUGCAUGGCUGGAGAGCAUGCAGUGCCGCAAGGAGGUUCAUCCACAGAUUGAGAAGGAUCUCAUCCACUUCCCUAACAUCAACCUAAAGAACUUGGCAGAACAAGUUGUCUCAAGAUAUGCAGCUCAUCAUAGCUUAUCUCAUUAUACAAUUAUCAAUAAUAGAAUUUAUAGAAAGACCCAUGGACUUCACACUGGUUUUAAGAUGUUUUCUGAUGCAUUCCUUUUAUCUUUGACUCGAAAAGUGUCAUUACCAGAUAUGGAGUUCUUUAUAAACCUUGGUGAUUGGCCUUUGGUGAAGAAGGCCAGCAGAGAAAGUCUAUUACCAAUUUUCUCCUGGUGUGGUUCCAACGACACGUACGACAUUGUUUUGCCAACAUAUGAUGUUACUGAAUCAACACUUGAAACAAUGGGAAGAGUUUCUUUAGAUUUGUUAUCCGUCCAAGCCAACACACAACCUAAAUGGGAAGAGAAGAUCAGUAAGGGUUUCUGGCGUGGACGUGACAGUCGCAGGGAACGUCUUGAACUUGUGAAGCUAGCAAGGAAUCAUACGGACUUAAUGGAUGCAGCUCUCACCAACUUCUUUUUCUUUGAACAUAAGGAAGAACUCUAUGGUCCUAAGCAGAAGCAUGUGUCAUUCUUUGAUUUUUUUAAGUACAAGUAUCAGGUGAACAUUGAUGGUACGGUAGCUGCAUACCGACUACCCUAUCUUCUUGGUGGCAACAGUGUUGUAUUGAAGCAUGAUUCUGUUUACUAUGAACACUUCUACCAGGAGUUACAACCUUGGGUUCACUACAUUCCCUUCAACCAGAACUUGUCUGACCUGUUGGAGAAGAUCCAAUGGGCACAGGAGCAUGACAAAGAGGCGGAACAGAUUGCCCAAAAUGGACAAUUGUAUGUGAAAAACAACUUGCUGUCAAACCAAAUCUACUGCUAUUACUACCAAGCCCUUACCGAAUAUUCAAAAAAAUUUACCUCUAAGCCUAGAAUCCAUGAUGAUAUGGAGGAAGUCUUGCAGCCUGAGGACAGCAAAUGCAAAUGCCACAGAAACUUAUCCGGACGAGAUGAAUUAUAAGCAGCUUCAUCAGCAUAAUUGUGGUAUUGGUAUAUGAAAGAUGCUUAUUUGAUACUUUGAACAUCUAGUUUUGAGAAAUCAUCCUGAAAUACCAAAAAUUAAUCAAAUUAAAUUUUUGAAUUAUUUUUUAAAGUAUCAAUUAUCCCUCCAGUGUCAGUUAGCAUUUAAACAUAUUUUAUUUAUUCAUAUCUGCUUGUUAUUGUUAACAUGUUAUAUUGUCUACCAGAAUAUAUACUAUAUUUUUUAUGUUCUUUUUCUAUUUAAACAUAUGACUAUAGGGGUGGAUCCAGAAUUUUUCAAACUGGGGGGAGGGGGCACACAACAUUGAUUUGCAUUGAAAUUUUUAAAAUUUAGUACUAGCAAAAUGGACUGGAUCUGCCCCUGGACUAUAUAAUGCUUUUUGGUGCUAAGACAUACUUUUCUAAAAAGAAGUACAUUACUGUACAAGUAUAUAUGUUUGUCACUCUGAAGUGUCUUUUACAAGCCACACCCACUGCUUACAAAUUGUUGGUAUCCACUUCUAAUUUGUUGUAUAUA